CUGUAGUACCAGUGAAGAACACAGUCGUCCACCACAUGGGUACAUGUGCAAAAAUACUAAAAUAUAUUACCUCUGUGUUCGCCGAAAAUCGCAGCGGAACGCUACAGCAAACAACGCGGUUUCCACCCGGACCGCAUUAGCACGAACACCAGUGUGAAAAAUGUAAACAAACGCGGGAAGCUACAGCGUGAACCCACAGGUUAUGGGAUGAACAUCGUUAUUAGACGACGUAACUACAGGGACAGGGUCGGUCAUGACAGACAUCUUAAAGCUCGUGUUUAGGACUUUUAUGUCACAAACGGAAGGAAGGAAGGAGCUCACAUUUACCCCUCCAUCACCGACGACCUGCAGCACGCUGGUGGUCGGUGAUGGAGGCAUCAGCCGCUCUGUGCUGCUGCUGGCGGCGGUGACAGCGGCAUCAGAGACGGGGGUGAGAGUGAUGUUCUUCACCCAGACACAGAUUCAGAGCCUCCCACUCUGUCUGCAGAAACGUGUUCCCAGCCUGAGCCCAGAGAGUCUAAAGAAAAUCAAGUUUUCCUAUCCGAGGACAGUGGAGGAGCUGCUGCAGCAGGUGGCCAGCCUUCACGAGUCCACCAACACGUCUCCCACACCUCCAUCACUCAUCAUAGUCGACAGGCUGGAGGGCUACCUGUGUGGUCCCGGGGCCGGCAGCCUCAGUGGAUUUCAUCCGGGGGAGGAGUCCUGCGCUGCACAUCUGUCUGCGCUGCUGUGCGACAGCGCUGCCUUCCUCACACAACUCCUGAGGCAACAUUCCCCGAGCUCGGCCCCCUGCCGCGUCAUCGCCUCUUUCCAGUCUGCAGUGGACACUGGGCGAGCCGGUGGGGAGGCCUCUGCCACGGAUCCCACCCUUGAUGUUCUAGAUCGUUAUUUCCAGGUGCGCUGUACUCUGGACAGAGACGGAAGCUACGAAGCUGCAGCAGCCGGACUGCAGGAGGUGUGGCACAUUUACCUCUCUGGGAAAGGCAUCACAGAGGCCUCUUCUACUAAAGACUGUGAGGACAGGCCAGCGUCUGAGUGGAAGCUGUUCAUUUCCCAAGAUGGUUUAAUGGAGUUUAAGUUGGUUUGAAAAUGUUUGCAUCAAAGAUUGUAGCGGGGGAGAGAAACUGAAGGUCAAUUUGUUCACUUAGGGAGUUUUGUUCAGAGAAAAAUUACUGACUGAAGCACUUCUGGCUUUAAAAUGAGAUAUUUGCAGUGAUGAUGAGAUGUACUGCAGUAUAAUAUGCAAAAGUCACUAUUACACUUCAUCUUCUAUGUUGAGCAGUUCAUUCUUUCAUGAGCAGAUGGAUGUCUCCAGCCAUGCCUUUCAUUUGUUUAUCAGAGUAGUUAUUGCCUCUACUUUGACCGUCAUGACUCCUCUGGUACCUUUCACCACCUUGUUGCAUUAUUGCUGACACAGCGUGAUGUAAUCUGCUGCUCACCCUCUCAGAUAUAAGCUAACAGGACCACAGUGCUUGUAGAUU